AUGGCGGGUUUUACACCUGAUUUCGCCGCGCAUUCGCGUUCUCUUGCUGUGCUGGUCAGUUUCGGCUGGAUGCUUCCAAAUGUAGGCUGGAAUAUGGAGGAAUAUCUUUCAUACUGCUUUGCUUGCCGUUUCUUCUACCCCUGCUUCGGCCCCUCCAAUGCCUCAUUCGUAUCGUCCGGGUUCGUUAACUUUAAGAAAAGUGUAGAGAAGCUGAACAAUCAUAAGGCAACCGAUGGCCGUAAAGAAGCUAUGGUUCGGUGGGCUGCAUGGAAGAUGGCCGCCGAGAAGGAUUGGUCAGUGUCUGCUUUGAUUGCUAAGCAUGACGAGGCGACAUUGUCCGAAAAUCGAUGUUAUAUCAAAAACGUUUGUAAAGCUUUGUUACUUUGCGCUUUCCAAAAUGUAGCCCUUAGAGGGCAUUCGGAAGGACAAAAUUCACCCAAUCGCGGUAAUUUUGCUGAGCUGAUGAAGCUCAUCAGCACUUUUGAUCCAACCACUGCAUCUAGGUUGGCCGAGGGUCCUCGCAACGCCAUGUAUACAAGCCCACAAAUCCAGAAUGGUCUGGUCAAGACCAUGGGCGACUUGAUUAUCAAGGACAUUGUUGACGAAAUUGGGGAACGACCAUACUGCAUCCUGGGGGAUGAAACUAGAGAUGAAUCGGGUACAGAGCAGCUCGCUCUCUGUGUGCGGUACUGCAAGCCCCAAAAAGUUGGUGGACCUUUCGUUGUCCAGGAAUCAUUUUUGGGGUUCAUGGGUUUGGAGGAUUUAGACGCUGAGGCCAUAGCCGGCGCUAUGCUGCAGCGGUUGGAUACUGUUGGUGUCGAUCCGUCGAAAUGCACAUCCCAGGGGUAUGACGGGGCAUCGGUGAUGUCGGGGAGAAGGAAAGGUGUACACAAGGUUUUCGAGCAAAAAUCUGGUUGCACUGCUCCAUACAUGCAUUGCUCCAACCAUCGACUGAAUCUCUGCAUCCAAAAAUCGGUCAAGGACGUGGAAAAGGUUGCAUCGUUUUCCUUCGUCAUGGCCGACUAA